AUGACCGACCUAACACCAACUCUCAACAAGCUGCUAUCAAAGCAAAGCUCACCACUCCCACAAACCAAACCCUGCACAGAAACCGCCGACGAGUUCCUAAAGGAGGCAUACCGAAUUAACUCCCACAUCCACUCUCUCCUCCAAUACCUCCAAUCAAUCCGCCACGCCUACCUCUCAACAACACAACCACACCGCCGCAACCCAACCCCAAACACCAACCCUAAAAAUGCAACCCCAACCCCCUCAACAAACCUCACAGAUCCCGAACGUGACGCAGUCGACACAUCAACAGCCCUCCUCCUCCGCGACCUAGCAACCUCAAUCGCAAACCUCUCCUCCGCCGAAACCCUCCGCCAAGAAACCUCACAGACCCUCCUGCACAAGAAAUACGGACACUCGGCCGCCGGCGCACUCCUCUGGCGCUGGGCCGGGGGAAGCGGCGCGCUAGACAGCGCCAGCGACGAGGGCAAGUCCGCCGAGCAGGUGCGUGCCGAGGAGAGCGCGCGGUCGAUAGCGACGAUCCGCGAGAGCGUGCUUUGGUUCCUGCGGCGCGGGCUGGAGUGCGCUGUCGGUGUGCAGCGGCGGAUGGUCGAGAAGAGGAUUGAGAGGGUGCGGGAGAAGGAGAAGAGCGUGCUUUACAAGGUUGGUGCGGGUGGGGUUAGGAAGGGGUCUGUUUCUGGUUCUAUGGAUAGGGCUGGGGCUGGAGCUGGGGCUGGGGCUGGAGGUCGGGGCGCGGGUUCGUUCGAUCCUAUGUCCCAGGCGCCUGAUGCGGCGGUUCUGAGUGAGGCCGACACGGCGCGGAUCGAGGCGCAGCUUUCGCCGGAGCAGUUGCAGCUUUUUGCGGAGGAGAAUGAUUCUAUGCUUAAGCAUUAUGAGGAUACGUUGGGGAAGGUUCAAAACGCUGAGAAAUCUCUCCUGGAGAUCUCCUCUUUGCAGGAAACGCUUGUCUCGCAUCUUGCUACACAGGAGGAGCAUAUUUCCCAGCUUGUCGCGGACGUGGAUACGACGCAUACGAAUGUCGGGCAGGGAAAUCGGGAGUUGAAGCGUGCUACCGAGCGACGGAGUACGGCUCAGGCUGUUUUCUGGGGUACUGUCGGGCUGUGUACCUGGCUUGUGGUCUGGGAUUUGGUCUUCUAG